GGCCCCGCCCCGGUCCGUCUCUUGCAGGUUAUCGCGAGAUUUGAGGGCGCGGGGCUGGCCCAGGCGGCUGCAAUAUGGCGGAGACGGAAGGGGAGAGCUUGGAGUCCUGGCUGAAUAAAGCCACCAAUCCUUCCAACCGCCAGGAGGACUGGGAAUACAUAAUUGGCUUCUGUGAUCAGAUCAACAAAGAGCUUGAAGGGCCACAGAUAGCUGUCCGACUACUGGCCCAUAAGAUCCAAUCUCCGCAGGAAUGGGAGGCGGUCCAGGCCCUGACGGUGCUGGAGGCGUGCAUGAAGAACUGCGGGACGAGAUUUCAUAACGAAGUGGGCAAGUUCCGGUUUCUGAAUGAGCUCAUCAAAGUCGUCUCGCCAAAGUACCUGGGGGACAGGGUGUCUGAGAAAGUGAAGACCAAGGUUAUCGAGCUGCUUUAUAGCUGGACGUUGGCUCUGCCGGAAGAAUCGAAGAUCAAGGAUGCCUACCACAUGUUGAAGAGACAGGGCAUAGUGCAGUCUGACCCACUGAUCCCUGUGGACAGGACACUGAUUCCCUCUCCACCACCUCGUCCCAAAAACCCCGUUUUUGAUGAUGAGGAGAAAUCCAAGCUUUUAGCCAAGUUGCUGAAAAGCAAAAACCCAGAUGACCUGCAAGAGGCCAACAAGCUCAUCAAGUCCAUGGUGAAGGAAGACGAGGCGCGGAUCCAGAAGGUGACCAAGCGUCUGCACACGUUAGAGGAGGUUAAUAACAACGUGAAGCUGCUCAGCGAGAUGCUGCUUCAUUACAGCAAAGAAGAUUCUGCAGAGGCAGAUAAAGAGCUCAUGAAGGAGCUGUUUGAUCGGUGUGAGAAUAAGAGGAGGACUUUAUUCAAACUAGCCAGCGAGACAGAGGACAAUGACAAUAGUUUAGGGGACAUCCUACAGGCCAGUGACAACCUCUCCCGGGUCAUCAACUCAUAUAAAAUAGUCGUUGAAGGGCAGGUCAUCAAUGGUGAGGUGGCCACCUCAACCAUGCCUGACAAUGAAGGAAACCACCACUCCAGUAACCCAGGCACUCUCAUUGACCUCGCGGAGCUGGAUGCGCCCAGCAGCUCAUCCCCAGUGCUGGCCCCAGCCCCCGAGCCACCCUCGGGCAUCCCUAUCCUCCCGCCACCCCCCCAGCCCUCAGGACCUGGGCGCAGCCGCUCGUCUAGCCAGGCUGAGGUCCCCCCGGGGCCCAACACCGCCAGCAACGCCAUCUGCUUGCUGGAUGAGGAGCUGCUCUGCCUGGGCCUCACUGACCCAGCCCCCAGCGUUCCUCCCAAAGAGUCUGCCGGGAACAGCCAGUGGCCCCUGUUCCAGAAUGGACAGUCGGACCUGGACUUCUUCAGCCCCAAACCUGGGACUGCCGCCUGUAGUCCCCCAGACAGGCCUGACCUUCAGUCCUCAGCUACCCCUACAGGCAACUCCCAGGCUCCGCUGCCGCCCCCCUUUCCAGCUCCUGUGGUCCCAGCCAGCGUUUCUGCCCCCAAAGCAGGCUUUUUGUUCCCCACUGGACUAGCCCCAGCUUCGGCCCCAAAGGCUGAGCCCACAGCCCCCGGGUACCAUGGCUCAGCUUUGGGCGACAGCACCCCGCACCAGCUGGAUGUGCUCGAUCAGCUUCUGGAAGAGGCCAAAGCGACAUCAGGCCUGGUGAAACCCGCCUCCUCCCCUCCGAUCCCCACCAGCACCUCAGCUAGGCCUCUCCUGCCCUUCUCCACAGCGCCUGGCAGCCCUCUCUUCCAGCCACCUGUCUUCCCGUCCCAGGGCAGCCCCAUGAAGGGGCCUGAGCUUUCCCUGGCCAGUGUCCAUGUCCCCCUGGAAUCGAUCAAGCCUAGCAGCGCCCUUCCUGUGACCGCCUAUGAUAAGAAUGGCUUCCGCAUCCUCUUCCACUUUGCCAAGGAGUGUCCCCCAGGACGGCCCGAUGUGCUGGUGGUGGUGGUGUCCAUGCUGAACACGGCUCCCUUGCCAAUUAAGGGCAUCGUGCUGCAGGCCGCAGUGCCCAAGUCAAUGAAAGUGAAGUUACAGCCACCCUCUGGGACAGAACUCUCUCCAUUUAGCCCCAUCCAGCCACCUGCAGCCAUCACCCAGGUCAUGCUGUUAGCCAAUCCACUGAAGGAGAAGGCGAGGCUUCGGUAUAGGCUGACCUUCGCCCUGGGGGAGCAGCUGAGCACGGAGGUGGGUGAGGUGGACCAGUUCCCUCCAGUGGAGCAGUGGGGGAACCUAUGACGCAGCAGGAUGCUGUCAUCUCCACUUUGAGGCCCAAGCAGGCUGCCCCGAGAUGGGAAGGCUCUCCGGGUCCAGUCAUUCUCAUGUUCUGACUGCAGUGCUUAGAGCUUUGGUGUGGAAUGGGCCCUGGGCACUGCUGCCAGGAGCUGAGCUGCUGCUGUAAUGGUCUCUCCUUUGGCCCCUUAAAAGGACCUGUUUUAUCUACCUGUGUGACUUGAAGUGGCCGUGUACUGUCAGGUGGGAUGUGGCCCCAGACUCUGCACUACUGCCCUGGGAACAUGGACCCAGUGCUGGACGAGGGUGUUCCCCUCACGCGGGCAUCCCGAUGCCGCAAGGGAGGAGGUCUCUCAAGAGACUUGGGGCCCUCGAGAACCAUGUCGUCACACCCCCAUUGCUACUCUGUGCUUCCCCUUCUGGCAGGCUCCUGCUCCUACCUCCAUGGAGGUGGGCAAAGCCGUGGUCCCAAAUGGGCCUGGCACAGAGCAAGGAGUUGGUGUGCUGCUUCCCUGGACAGCAGCAUCCUGGAAUGUGUGCUUGUCCCUGGCGGUGGCAGACUGUGUCCUAUGGACCUCUGGGCAGGAUGUGGCUCUCAGCCUGUUAGAAACAUAACUUGGCCUCAGGGCAGCCUAAACUAAGGAUAGGAAAGAAAAUGGAAGCGAACCCGUGUUCCCUCUUCUCUGGAAGCAGGUACUCAGAGCUUUCUGGGAAAAGUGUGCCUCCCACCAUGGGAACAGGCCAUCCUACUCACUACCUCUUGCUUGGCAUGAAAUAAACUGCUGUCUUGCCCUUCAGGUCUCUGAAGGGGGAGACAACUCCUGCCACCCUCUGUGUCCUGCUUCGGCCUCCCUCUCCUCCCACAGAUGGCCUGUGGUGUGGCAUACCGUCAGAAUCAGUAGGCCUCAGGGUCAGGCACGUUGCACUAGACUUAAGUCCCUACCUGCUCCCAAAAACUGACUGUCCUCAGCUGCUGAGGGGUCCUGUCAGCAACAUGUUGGGUCUGGAGGUGGUGAGAUUAAGGGCAUGCUUGAAUCGAGUCACCAGACCCUACCGCUUCAACAGUGCUCAGCCUCAGGCGGCGUGUGCUGGGACUGUAGGCCUCCCGAGGAGCAGGAAAGUGAGAACCAUCAGCUGUGGGAAGAGCACACAGCUCACCUGAGCUCGGCUGGACGGGUUCGGAGCCAUCUCCAGGGGAAGGUGACACAAGCUGCGCUCCCUGACCUUCCAGGCGUCCUUACUCUGUCGAGAGGUCAUCUUCCCCUCCCCCACCAUCUUUAGUAAGCAGGUUUCACUGCUUCAUUAGGAUAAGUCAGAAGUGAACUGAGCUCACUCCUUAAGGAAUAAAGGCAGAGCUUUCCAGAGACCGGCUGCUGCAGCCCUGGAAAGGUCUGAGAUUACCACAUGGAAAUGGAUCUUUAUACUAAGCUUUAGACAUUAAAAUUAUUUAUGAGUGUUA